AUGUCUCAUACCGAAGAGGUCCAGCAGGCGAUCGAGAAGCACUCAAAAGCCAACAUCGACGAGUACAUCCAAGCCAGCUCCUUCAAGCCAGACCUCCAAGACUCCAUCCGUGGCCACAUCGCACUGAACUGGAAGAGCUGGUUCUUCUACCGCAAGCUCAGUGCAGACUGUGCCCGCGCCAAUGUCGGCUUGCAUGGUUUCUCCAUGCUCUGGAAGCGUGCUGCAACGGAGUGCUUCGCGGACGGCAUGUGGCUUGAAGGCUACCUCGUCCAACGCGGUGGCCGCUCUAAGCCCUCCGACAUUCCCGCGCCCAACGUGCAAUGGCCAGACGACCCAGUCGACCCCGUGCAGCCCGUCUACGAGGCCCUGCAAGUCGAGAAGGAGCUCCUUGAAGAUGUCCUCCGCCUAUGUAAAGCGGCCGACGAAGCCGAGGACUAUGCGUUGGAAGAUGUCCUCGAGACGAGGUUCUUGAAGAAGGAAACGAAGCAUGUCAAGGACCUUGGCGACUUACUGCAGCAGUGUGUCCGCAUUUCGAAGCAGCCGGGCCAUGGGCUUUAUCAUUUGGAUAAGGAGUUGAGGGAGACGAAGGGAGUGGUGCCGUGGAGCCAGGCGAACAAUCCGGAUAAUACGGAUUUGUUGCUGCAAGCGGCUACCAAGGAUUUGUCGAACACCGCGUUAUUCCCGUCUUGA